UUUGAUCGACGUUGGUGAUACAUUGUUUGAAAGGUUGCUUGCUGCUAAUCUCGCUUAAUUCGCUUGCAAAUUUUUAAAAUAUGUAAGUCUUUUGGCGUCAAUCGAAUCRUAACACAGAUGACUAUAGAAAGGGUCGAUGCAAGGGCAACGUGACAAUCGAGUAGGAGAAGUCGAAAGGAUGUAGAUCCUGAAGGGUUUGACGUUGGACAUUCGUGGGAGCGAUGCCGUGAUUAUUUUGCAUAUAUUGAUGUGAAAUAUUGAUGUCUAUCUAAUAGAUCAAGAUCACUAUCAAUUCGGCAUUAGUAGAUUUUUGGAAUCAAUAUUUCGACCGGCCUAUACUUUUUGGGAUACAAAUGUCAUCGCUUCAAACCAUCAUUAUUUCGUUUCGUUCUGUCAACUCACUUUUUCCAAUCGAUGUAUCAAAAUAAAUCAUUCCUUUUGUUGUUUAGUAAUAAAAAAUGAAGGAACUCGCUACCUACCUUAUGCUCCAAAUCGGUGGAAACGCCUCUCCUUCUAAAGAGGACGUCACCGGAGCCCUUAGCGCCGUUGGUGUCGAAGCUGACAGUGCUUCCCUCGACAAACUCUUUGCCGAUAUCGAAGGAAAAGAAAUCGCUGAAUUGAUCGAAGCCGGAAAGGACCAACUCGCCAAGUUCGGAGGYGGUGGUGGUGGCGGCGGCGGCGCCGCCGCUGGAGGUGCUGCGGCCGAAGAAGAGGAAGAAGAAGAGGAGGAGGAAGAAGAAGCCGAGGCUCCUGCCGGAGGUGGCGGUCUCUUUGGAGAUGAUGGCGAUGGUGAUUACUAGAUYAGGGAAAAGACAAAUUAAACUAGACUACGCCAA